UCCCACGUGACCCCCUAGCGGCGACGUUUAUAAAUACGAGUCGGCCGGCUUUCCUCUUCAUUCGUUUAGACACCACUCGUCGUGUGCGUAUCUGAACGUUUACCCCCCAAAAAAAGAAAUUCUUCCAUUUUGUAACAACUCUCAACUCAUCUCUCAAUAUGCGUGAGUGUAUCUCAGUCCACGUUGGUCAAGCCGGUGUCCAGAUCGGUAACGCCUGCUGGGAGUUGUACUGCCUGGAGCAUGGCAUCCAGCCCGAUGGUCAAAUGCCAUCUGACAAGACCGUCGGCGGAGGUGAUGACAGUUUCAACACCUUCUUCAGCGAAACCGGCGCUGGCAAACACGUCCCACGUGCUGUCUUCGUCGAUCUGGAACCCACCGUCGUCGAUGAAGUGCGUACCGGCACCUACCGCCAGCUUUUCCACCCGGAGCAACUCAUCACCGGCAAGGAAGACGCUGCGAACAACUACGCCCGCGGCCACUACACCAUCGGCAAGGAAAUCGUCGACCUUGUCCUCGACCGCAUCCGUAAACUAGCGGAUCAAUGCACUGGACUGCAAGGUUUCCUCAUCUUCCACUCAUUCGGAGGUGGUACCGGCUCAGGUUUCACUUCCUUAUUGAUGGAACGCUUGUCUGUUGACUACGGAAAGAAAUCCAAGCUGGAAUUCGCCAUUUACCCAGCCCCACAAGUAUCCACUGCUGUUGUAGAGCCCUACAACUCAAUCCUCACCACGCAUACCACCCUGGAGCACUCAGAUUGUGCUUUCAUGGUGGACAACGAAGCCAUCUAUGACAUUUGCCGCAGGAAUUUGGACAUCGAACGUCCUACCUACACCAAUCUCAACAGGUUGAUUGGUCAGAUUGUAUCCUCAAUCACCGCUUCUCUGCGUUUCGAUGGUGCUCUCAACGUGGAUCUCACAGAGUUCCAAACCAACUUGGUGCCUUACCCAAGAAUCCACUUCCCGUUGGUCACCUAUGCUCCGGUAAUCUCUGCUGAGAAGGCUUAUCACGAGCAGUUGUCCGUGGCUGAGAUCACCAACGCUUGCUUUGAGCCUGCUAACCAGAUGGUGAAAUGCGACCCGCGUCAUGGUAAAUACAUGGCGUGUUGCAUGUUGUACCGUGGUGAUGUUGUCCCCAAGGAUGUCAACGCCGCCAUUGCUACCAUCAAGACCAAGCGUACGAUUCAAUUCGUUGAUUGGUGUCCGACUGGAUUCAAGGUUGGUAUUAACUACCAGCCACCAACUGUGGUGCCUGGUGGUGAUUUGGCGAAGGUACAGCGUGCUGUUUGCAUGUUGUCGAACACCACGGCUAUUGCCGAGGCUUGGGCUAGGUUGGAUCAUAAGUUUGAUCUGAUGUACGCCAAGAGAGCCUUUGUGCACUGGUAUGUUGGUGAGGGUAUGGAGGAAGGUGAAUUCUCUGAGGCUAGGGAGGAUUUGGCUGCUCUGGAGAAGGAUUAUGAAGAGGUUGGUAUGGAUUCCGGUGAGGGUGAGGGCGAAGGUGGCGAGGAGUAUUAAUUCUGCGCGCACGAUGCAAGAUUUCCAGUUUAUGGCUGAUUGAAACGAGAAUAAAAAUGCUUGAAGAAA